AUGAGCUUUCACUCCUACAAAUUUGAGGUUCCUGUGAAAUGCAUUAACCAGGAAGACGCAUACCUUUUCGAAAUCUCCUUCCGUACGAGCACGUUCAGUAUCUCCUUGGAAACUCCGUUCUCCUUCGCCUUCACAGCAUUUGGAAAAUACUUCAGUCCUGAUAAAAGAGCACCAUCACCAGUUCCAGUGUCUAAUCCAUCAGCAAGGUCUGGAUCGCUUGCAAUAAGACCAAAAACUCUCAACUCAUCAUUCAAUAUGCAACAGAUGGUAUUGUUGGAUGCUACCAGUUUUAGCUCUUCCUUACAUAUUGAGCAUCAAUCUGGUUCUUUUCACAGUCUGAUCUCCUUUUGUUUUUCUGUGAUUCUUUUCCAGCUAGGCGCCUUCUUCGAAAUUGAUCACGAAAAGCUUCCUCCCAAGUCCCCAAUCCAGCUUAAAGCCAUCCGAGUCGUAAAGGUAAGCGAGGCGACGAGGUUGGAGGUCACGGUGAGCUUCCCGAGCACGCUCGCGUUGCGUAACUACUUCGCGCUAUCGCCGGAGACCGGCCGCGACCCAGAGCUGGACGAGAGGUUCGUCAUGAGCUCCAACCAAGCGGGAAGGAUACUUUGGCGGCUGGUGUCGCCGUCGGAGGUUGAAGAGCAGAAGCACUUGGAGAGCUUCUGGUUGUCGUGUCCUAACCUCCACGAACAUUCUCCGACGCCGGUGAUAACUAGCGAAUCCGUAGCCCCGCAGGAAGAAGAGGCCGGCGAGGGAGAGUCAGUCGUGGGACACUGCCUCUUAACCAUGAUCAAGUGCUCUGGCCUCGUCCAGUGGGGGAUACGAAGGAAAGUCAAGUACAUAGGAAGGCACCGGCAGGCGGAGAUGUCGGUGGAUGGGCAUGAAGAGGAAGUUGAGGAAGAUGUACAAGAUGACGUUGAAGAGGAGCAGAGUGAGAGGAAAAGGAAGCGGGAGAUUGCUGAAGAUGAGAAGAAGAAUAAGAAGAAGAAGAAGAAAAAAGGAAAGAAAAAUGAGAAAAAGUGGCCGGAGAAGCGACAGACAGGAGCCGUCAAGAGGAACACUGAUAAGAAAAGGAGUGGGGAAGAGCGGCAAUACGGGAAGGGGACGAAGGACCGCUGGUCGACGGAGAGGUAUGAAGCGGCGGAGCUGAAGCUGCUGGAGAUUAUGAAGACCAAGGGGGCCGCUCUAGGGAAGCCCAUAAUGCGGCAGACGCUGAGGGAGGAGGCGAGGAAGCACAUCGGCGACACGGGACUCCUGGACCAUCUCCUCAAACACAUGGCAGGCAAGGUAGUGACGAACGGCGCCGAACGAUUCCGGCGGCGGCACAACUCGGAGGGCGCAAUGGAGUAUUGGUUGGAACCGGCAGACCUGGUGGACGUUCGUAAGAUGGCCGGCGUGUCUGACACCUACUGGGUGCCACCGCCGGGGUGGAAGCCCGGUGACGCCAUGUCGGAUUGCCCCUGCGGCGGUGACUACAAGUCAAAAACACAACUCGGAGAGGAAAUAGCAACUCUCAAGAGGGAAAUCAUUCAGCUAUGGUCACUGAAGAACGUGGAUAAUGAAAAUUACAAGUGCUUGGUGGAGAGGAAUCAGAGAUAUGAAGAAGAAAUAAAUAACCUCACAAAUUUUAUGCACCUCUUGAAGGAAGAGAUCCUCCAGCUGAGAGAGGAGAAAGUGAAUAAGAAAGUGGCCAUGGAGGCAAUAAGAGUAGACAAGGGAUUGCAGUGCGGUGAAGAUCAUGACAGCGGAACGUCGAAGCAAGAGGAGAAUUUGAAGAACAUGGAGAUGAUAGACCAUGACGACGGGACGACCGAGGAGGAGAAAGUGAAGGCCGCUAAUUAUUAUUCCGGCAUCACCAUCAGCUCCACAAACGACACCGUCAUCUCCAGCAGCAACAGGACAAGUACUAAAACCAAGAACAGCGCCACCACGAACACUAAGAAGGUGACGUCUCGCCGGAGUGGCUUCCGGAUAUGCAAGCCUCAGGGGACGUUUCUGUGGCCGGACAUGUGGAGCAGCAACGUUGGCGGCGGCGGAGAGGCGCCUCCGACGUCCUUGGUGAUUCCGAACACAAUCGUGCCCGCGUCCGCCGCGGCGGUGUCGACUAUCGAAGAGCACAUGAUGCUGAUGGGCAGCGGCGUGCCGACCCCUCACUCGGCCUCGUCGGCCACCUCAGCGCCCAGGCUGCUGCUUCUGCCAUCACCGACGUCCGCUGCUCGGCCAGCUAUGACAGCACGCCCUUCUGAGAUCAUGACGGUCCCCACGCCGGCACCUCCUGCCGCCCACUUCCACCACCUGCAGCAAGCAGGCGGCUCCUACGGCCUCUAUCCUGCCUCCGUGGUGUACCACCACACGGUGGCUCGCGUGUGGGCGCAGACAACGUCGACGUCGCCACCAGCGAUGCUUGUUGGCGUGGAGGGGAACAACAGAGCAGAGUUGGCAGCUGCCAUGGCUUCGUGGGACGCAGCGCACAGGGACAAGGGAGGAAGAGGCAGCGUCACCACUGAUCUCGCCCUCGCCCCGCCAUCGACGGCCACCACCCCCUACCCAUAA